GAAAAAGCAAAAGGAGAAAAAUGGAAAAAUAGUGAGUGUAAACAUAGUAUGAGAGAGCAGAGCAGGUCCUAAGUUAACGGAGCGCGGUCAGCUUUUCCACCUUCCAAGCUUCCACAGAACACCCAAACAAACACGGAAUGCAGGAAGACCAACAAAAAAACGACACUCUUUAGACUUCACACCGCCAGGAAAAGGAAAAAAACUAAAAAGUUCCUAAAAAAAAUGAUACCAAUUAAUCAAUUAUGAUUCAUAACUUAAUAAAAUUAUGAUUUCCGCUAUCUUAAUGCCCUUUGCUUGUAUUGCCCAGGUUGGUGUCUGCAAUCGCAUUCCAUUGGAAUCUGCAAUCUCUUUUCGUGUUAUAAGAGAUGAAAUGUGUAUGGAAUGAAGUAUUCUUGAACCCCACAUCUCUAACUCUGGGGCGGGUAGUUUGCCAUCAUGAAUUCUGUAACGGAUCGCCUCGUGAAUGACUGUGGUAGGCUCAACACUUCAACUGCAUCCCCGAGUGGUGACUCUCUCGAGCCCUCCCCGCUAAGCACCACUCACGAGCCCUCCCCGCUAAGUAGAAAUAGUGAGCCUGAAGUGAAGCAGCGUGAAAGUGUAGUGCAAUGGAUGAACGGUAUUCUUCCUCAUUUGAGUUUGUCAGUAGAUGCCUCGGAUGAGGAACUACGAGCAAUCUUGAUUGACGGUAGAGUUUUGUGCGAAUUAUUGAGUAAAUUGAAACCCGAAGAGGCUGGGGAUUCUACUAAUUCCCCCAGUUCGGGCUCGGAAAACCUUAAAAGGUUUUUAUUAGCUAUGGAGAAAAUGGAGUUGCCUAGGUUUCAGGCAUCAGACUUAGAAAAUGGUUCCAUGAAAAAUGUUUUUGAUUGCCUUAUAGCACUUCAAACACAAUUUAGGCCGCAGGAUGGGGGAUCCAAUAGCGUAAGCCCACUAGCAUCACCCAAUCAAUCUGGAAAUGUUACUAUGACAAGGUGGAAGUCGAUGAUAGAACGUUAUAGGCGUGAUGAUUCUCAAGGUGGAUCAUUUCGUCCUUUUUCAUCCUUCAGAGACGAGAGGCGGAGAUCAGCGCGUAGUCCUGUGAUGGCAGAGGCAUCGGCUGCACUGAUGCAUCAUGUUGGGCACAAGUUCCAUGAAGUAUUUCAGUUUAAACAAGAGAGUUAUGCGGAUCUGCCAGCUUCAAAGAUUUCAGAAAUGAUGAAACCCAACAGUUUGGAUAAUGCACCAACGCAGUCACUUUUAACCGUUGUGAAUGGAAUUAUAGAUGAAAGCAUUGAGCGGAAGAAUGGAGAAAUCCCUCAUCGUGUAGCAUGCUUGUUGAGAAAAGUAGUGCAAGAGAUAGAACGACGGAUAUCAACUCAAGCAGAGCACCUAAGAAUGCAAAACAACCUUUUCAAAGCUCGGGAAGAGAAGUACCAGUCGAGAAUCAGAGUGCUUGAAGCCCUCGCAACUGGUACCAGUGAAGAGACGCAGAUUGUCAUGAACCAACUGCAACAAAUUAAGAGUGAGAAGUCGAAGAUGGAGGUGAAAAAGAAAAGCGAGGAACAUAAUGUGGCUAGAUUGAAGAAGGAAAAGGACGAAACCGUUCAAGAGAUUGCAGCGUUGAAGCAAGAACUUGAUACAGCUUGGAAAGCUUAUGAACGAGACUGCUCCCAAGCAGAACAAGAGAUUGUAGCUUUGAAGCAAGAACUUGAAACGACCCGGAAAACUUCUGAACAAAGCUGCACACCAGGGGAAAAUAGUACUGGCGGUGGAUCUCAACAAGAGAUCGCAGCUUUGAAACAAGAACCUGAAGCAGCUCAGAAAAGUUAUGAACAACACUGCUCACAAGCGGAAAACAAUGAUAGUAGAUCUCAACAAGAGAUUGCGGCUUUGAAGCAACAACUUGAAACAGCUCGGAAAACUUAUGAACAACGCUGCUCACAAAUGGAACAAGAAGCUGCAACAUCUCAACAAGAGAUUGCAGCUUUGAAAGAAUUGAAACAACAACUUGAAACAGCUCGUAGAACUUAUGAAGAACGCUGCUCACAAGUGGAAAAAGAAGCGAGUGGAUCUCAACAAGAGAUUCAAGCUUUGAAGCAAGAACUUGAAACAGCUCGGAAAACUCAUGAACAACGCUGCUCACAAAUGGAAAAUAAGGCUAGAGGAUCUCAACAAGAGAUUGAAGCUUUGAAGCAAGAACUUGAAACAGCACGGAAAACUUAUGAACAGUGCCACUCACAAAUGGGAAAUGAGACUGGAGGAUCUCAACAAGAGAUUGAAGCUUUGAAGCAAGAACUUGAAACAGCACGGAAAACUUAUGAACAGUGCCACUCACAAAUGGGAAAUGAGACUGGAGGAUCUCAACAAGAGAUUGAAGCUUUGAAGCAAGAACUUGAAACAGCACGGAAAACUUAUGAACAGUGCCACUCACAAAUGGAAAAUGAGGCUAGAGGAUCUCAACAAGAGAUUCAAGCUUUGAAGGAAGAACUUGAAACAACUCGGAAAACAUAUGAACAACGCUGCUCCCAAAUGGAAAACGAGGCUAGAGGAUCUCAACAAGAGAUUGAAGCUUUGAAGCAAGAACUUGAAACAGCUCGGAAAACAUAUGAACAACGCUGCUCACAAAUGGAAAAAGAGGCUAGAGGAUCUCAGCAAGAGCUGGAGGAGAAACUGAAGGAAGUCAUGAGCCUCUUAACAGAAUCAAGAAAUAGAGUGAGGGAACUCGAAAUUCUUUAUGAAACAAAAUCUCAGAGGUGGAUCAAGUCACAGAGCAUCUACGAAAUAUUUACAGAAUUCCAGCUUGGUGCACUACGUGAGCUGAAAUUUUCUUCCCAGUCAAUAAGGCAAGAAGUUGUGAAAACACAGAAGAUCUACAUAGAUGAAUUCAAUCGCUUAGGUGUGAAGACCAAAGCAUUGGAAGAUACAGCUGCAAACUAUUAUAUAGUUCUUGCUGAAAACAAAAAGCUACACAACGAAGUCCAGGAGUUAAAAGGAAAUAUUCGAGUAUACUGCCGGGUAAGGCCAUUUCUUCCCGGACAAAAGGACAAACAGACAAUUGUUGAAUAUGUUGGUGAUAAUGGGGAGUUAAUUGUCAUGAAUCCUUCGAAACAAGGAAAAGAGGGACGGCGUUCGUUCAGGUUUAAUAAGGUCUAUAAUCCCACUGCAACACAAGCUCAAGUAUUUUCAGAUAUACAGCCAUUGAUACGAUCGGUUUUGGAUGGUUAUAGUGUAUGUAUAUUUGCAUAUGGCCAGACUGGCUCUGGAAAAACUUACACAAUGACUGGCCCCGAUGGAGCAACUGAAGAGCAAUGGGGUGUCAACUAUCGAUCUUUAAACGACCUCUUCCAGAUUUCACAAAAGAGGCGGAACGCCAUGGCAUAUGAAAUAGCGGUUCAAAUGGUGGAAAUAUAUAAUGAACAAAUUCGUGACUUACUCUCAAGCAAUGGCCCUCAGAAAAGUCUUUCAGUUUUGCCUACAACCCAACCAAAUGGGUUAGCCGUCCCAGAUGCUAGCAUGUAUCCAGUCAACGCAACCUCUGAUGUUUUGGACCUAAUGAAUAUUGGAUUAAAGAACAGGGCAAAAAGUUCAACUGCCUUAAACGAAAGAAGCAGCCGAUCACACAGCGUUGUGACUAUUCAUGUUUCUGGGACGGAUUUGAGGAGUGGUUCCUCUAUGCGGAGCAGUCUUCAUUUAGUGGAUCUUGCAGGAAGUGAAAGAGUAGACCGCUCAGAGGUAAAAGGCGAUAGGCUAAAGGAGGCACAGCACAUAAACAAGUCUUUGGCGGCCCUUGGAGAUGUCAUAUCUGCUUUAGCACAAAAGAGCUCUCAUGUUCCAUACCGAAACAGCAAACUUACUCAAGUUCUUCAAAGCUCAUUAGGAGGUCAAGCAAAGACACUUAUGUUUGUGCAGCUUAAUCCCGAUCAUAGUUCAUAUUCUGAGUCCGUAAGCACGUUAAAAUUUGCUGAAAGGGUAUCUGGAGUAGAGCUAGGCGCUGCCAAGAGCAGCAAAGAUAGCAAGGAUGUCAGAGAGUUGAUGGAACAGGUUGCAUCUCUCAAGGAUACAAUAGGUAGAAGGGAAGAGGAGAUCGAUAAAUUGCGACUUGGGAAAGAUGUUAAAGUCAAUGGUGAGAAACGCGGGCUGAACAUAUUCAGACGUUAAAGUGGAAGAAACCGCAUCACAUUUAUCAAGAUUAACUCCAAGCUGAGUUGCAACAGGUCCUAACGUACGGCUCCAAAAUCGCCAGGGGAUUCCCAUCAUUCUUUGCAACACUCGACUGGUGGUAGGAGCAAAAUUUUAAGCCAAAACCAAUCUGACAAGACCUGAUUCAAAAAGAUGGCAUUCAUAUGCACAGUUGCAUGGUUCUCUAUCUCUAUCUCUAUCUCCUUUUUGCAGCAAUGGCAUGUAUUUUGUUCUUCCCAUGUAUACAAGGGCCAAGGGGAUUUCACAUGUGUAAUAUUUGUACAUAGUAUUUCAGAGUGAAAUGAUAGAAUUCUAUUCUAAAAA